AUUCCACAUUUAACCCCACCCACAUGUGAAAAUCCAAAUAUCAAAUUGUGUUUGCGUUUAUAAGAAAAAAUAAGAAAUCCGUUUUAAAAUGUGUGUCUAAAACCAAAACAACUGUCCGUUUUCUCAUUCUGUGUUGCUCGGUUUAGUGUAGAAAAGUAAUUAUCCGCACGAACACCGACCAUGCGAUCACGUGGUGUAAAUCUGGUCAGCCUGAGGUAUUGAACGGAGAAUCGGUAGUGAAACAGUGGGAGCGGAGCGCACAAGUAGCCUAAAAAUUGAGUUUCCCAUUUCUUAUUCUUCACAACGGGUUUUCGAGGAAUUAUGUUAUUUUAUUAAGCGAUGAUUAUAAAUAUGAUGCAAACUCAUUUCUAAAAAGAUUGUAAUUCAUUUCGAAUACGACGAGGCAUACAUUUAAAAAGGAAGAGUAGCUGCUGCUUCUGCAAAAGCUAUUGGGGAUCCAAAUAAACAAAUACUCCCUCUUUGAUAGGGAACUACAGGAUGGAGGUGAGUAGAUAGUUAGGGAUACUAAUACUGUCACUUACUGGUAAGGAUAAUGUUGAUGGGUGUGCCAAGUAUAUUAGGUUUCCAUUUUACCACAGUGGUAAAGUGGGAGUCAGAUUCCUUAUGUUCUCUGGUUUCCUCAGCAAACAGUCUUACAUGAAGCUAUUAAUGUGCACUUAUUGAGAUCCUGUAUAUUAAGUUGGUUUAUCUUCAUGGGAAUGAUUUAAUUAGCUUUUUGUGUCAAGCUUGAACAUAUUUUGUGUCAAGCUUAAAGUAACUGUCCAGAGAGAAUCUAACAUGUAUAAAUUCAUAUUCUGUUAACUCAUACCCAAAUAAUGUUUUUGUUUCAUCCUAUGCUCAUAUUUGUGACCAAAGCAUAAAUUUGAUAUAACGUUGUUUUUUUUAACCCAUCCUCAAACUUGUAUCGCAAACAGACCAUUUUUUUUUUUUUUGCUAUUUCCUCAUAGAGGAUGAUGUCAUCGAUGAGCUGGCCAAUCAGUGGUCUACUUACAUAAUUAUUUUAUGACCCAUAUACACCCACACCCUUCUGUUGUUGGGGUACGUCUACACCAUUCCAACACAGAAAAGCUGCUUUUUAACAUGCUUUAUCAUAAUUUCUUGGAAUUACAACAAUUUCACGUAAUUAAUGACCCUUCAUAUUUCAUAGAAAUCUGGAAACACUAGACAGUUACUUUAAAUAAUACUUUAAAUCUGAGAUGCAGUAUCAAAGCACUACCCUUGGUUUAAAUCCAACCACCAGGGUCCACUGUUCAGCAGAAUACAGUCAGAGCUCUUGUUUGCUACAGCUGUUUCACAAUGGAAUAAAAAUGAAUUUAACAUUAUAGACUAUACUUGGGACUAUUCAUACCCCUCAUGUGCUGUCAAAGGGGACAACUGAAAUACCCUGUUAUUACCUCGUUUUUGACUGCUGUUGUAAGGUGACUUAGAUAGGGUCACAUAUGCAGUCACAUUGAGAUGUCACUUCUAAUCCAGUUGUAAACUCUACAUUGAAGGUACCACUUUGUACCUUCCCUGGUCCUUUUGUGACUAGGUCUGUGUGAGGGUGAUCAAAAUGUUGCCUUUUCUUUUCACGACUGCAUUAUAGGCUUUUUGCAAUGCAAAGGGUUUUUCCUACAGUAUACUAGUCUAUGGCUAUCAGAUCUGUCACUGUUGGGUUACAUGUGCUCCAAGACUGACACUAUUUGCAACAGCAGCCUCUGUGCCUUAUACUGUAUGUGUGUGAUAAAUUUAAAACAGUAACUGAGAUUGGUCGGAAAAAAACUCAGUUCCACCUGAAUGGAAAUGUUUCUGAGAGGAAAGGCCUUUCAGUUCCAUCACAACUGCUCUCUCCUGAAACCAUGAGUAACCUCAGAAAACAUCCUUGGCUUCACUGUGGGAAUUCUCCAUAAACAUGAUCAGAGUUCUGUAUGAAAGGAGUUUGGAAACCUCUUCACACUCAUAUUUAAUUCCAGGAAAAUUGAGCGUGGCACAGUGACCACAGUUGAUUGACAAAUUAGACCUUGUUUAAAACAAUUGUCAUUUCAAGUGUAGAUUAUGCCUGCUGUAAUCCCAAAGCACAUACUGUACUACUUUAAUUGUUUUUAUUCGUUUUGUUGUUUUUCUUGAGCAUGACGACACCCUUCUCUAACGAAAUUUGAAUGCUUAAUUUGGUGUCCUGAUAACCUCAUUUAGUGAUUCUGUCUCUGGAUGUCCUCAAGACUACUUUCUCCUUAUCAGGCAGGGGUUGGAUGAUCUCAGGGGGACAUAGAAAAUUCCAGUCCCUGAAGCAUCUGACUGCUUCCUCUCUCUGGUACAGCUGACAUUUAACUGUCACUAUGAUAGUGGCUCCAUAACACCACCGUGUCAUCAUGAGAUUAUUUCCUCUAGCCCUGGUUUACAGAUUAGUGACUGUUGUUAAUGGUAAAAAGGAGGAUUGGUGGAAAGUCAGUUAUCAUGUGUUAACAUGACCACUGCAGUUGCUCAGGUAGUGUAAUGUAGUCAGUAUACUGUAGUCAGAUGUCAGUGCUUACUAUUGCAGAUCUUGAUGUUGGUUCGGAUCAAAUAUCAAUGAUGAUGACCGGCAGUUGUAUGGGGAAUGCAGUACAUUGUCUAUGUAAAGUAAACUACAAUUGUUAUUUGACUUGCUACAUUGGAAAUUCCAGAGUAUCAUGGCAGACAAUACAUUGUAAUUUAUUGUUUGACUUCAAAUGUGGUUAAUAUUUGAUGGAAAGUCUCUUAUUCACUGGUAUUUUGUGUAGUCAUUUCUGCAUUCAGCAUUUCCACUUUAUUUACUCUUUCUUCCCUUUAUCAGCAGCAGUAUGACACCCAUGUGAUCACUUCCUGGCUCAGUCUGAGCCCCAUCUGAGUUUCACAGGGCUGAAUCUUCAAACAGUGGCGGGGAAGGACUUGAGAGGAGAGGGCCAGACAGGACAGCAGAUACCAUAACAGAAAGGAGACUGUCAUGCCUUAUAUGUUAAGUGAGGAGAAUGCCUUAGCCUUUGGACUGCUUAUCUGACCACCAACUGUGUGGGACUUCUAAGAGGCUUUAAGGUGAAGUGGUCUCUGUGUGGAUUGCUCAGCCAUAGUCCCAGGCAGUGAGAUACACCCUAUAGAGUAAGCGAACUGCUGCCAGGCUGCAGCUAUGGACCUUGAGGAGAGUGGUCCUCCCUCCUCCUCAGUGACCUCGCUGCUCUUCUCACCAUGCUGAACGAAGCUGCGUCUGUCAUCUACAUUGUGCUGGAGCUGCUGAUAGCUGUACUGUCUGUGUUGGGCAAUGUGCUGGUCUGCUGGGCCGUCUGUCUCAACAGCAACCUGCAGAGCAUCACCAACUUCUUUGUGGUGUCCCUGGCGGUGGCAGACAUUGCUGUUGGAGUGCUGGGUAUCCCCUUUGCCAUCGUCAUCAGCACAGGCUUCUGCUCCAACUUCUAUGGUUGCCUCUUCAUUGCUUGCUUUGUGCUGGUGCUCACCCAGAGCUCCAUCUUCAGCCUGCUGGCCAUUGCCAUAGACCGCUACAUCGCUAUCAAGAUACCCCUCAGGUACAAUAGCCUGGUGACAGGCCAGCGUGCCAAGGGGAUAAUUGCUGUCUGCUGGGUGCUGUCCAUCAUCAUCGGCCUGACCCCGAUGCUGGGCUGGAAUAAGUCCACUGAGCGCCCCAACAGCACCUGUCCCCCAGGCCUGAUGGAGUGCCUGUUUGAGGAUGUGGUGGUCAUGGACUAUAUGGUCUACUUUAACUUCUUCGCCUGUGUGCUGAUGCCUCUGCUGCUCAUGCUGGUCAUCUACCUGCGGAUCUUCAUGGCAGCUCGGCAUCAGCUGAAGCUCAUAGAACUGAAGGCUGUCCACGGGGGGAAGUCCCACUCCACCCUGCAGAAGGAGGUCCAGGCGGCUAAGUCGCUGGCCAUCAUCGUGGGCCUGUUUGCCAUCUGUUGGCUGCCGCUGCACAUCAUCAACUGCUUCACCCUGUUCUGCCCUCAGUGUCCCCGCCCGCCCCUCUGGAUCAUAUACGUUGCCAUCAUCCUCUCUCACGGCAACUCAGUGGUCAACCCCUUCAUCUACGCAAACCGCAUCCAGGAGUUCCGCCACACCUUCAAGAGGGUCAUCCGCCGCCAUGUCCUGUUCCGCCGGGAUCUGUUUGACAGUGGUGGCAGCAGCCACACCUCCACCCACAACAGUAUCAGCGGCUCAGUAAGGGUUAAGGCCAAUGGCCUCCGCUUCGACCUCUGUCAUAGCCAUACCAAACCUGCAGGUGACGUUCUGAAGCCAGCGCCCAUUCACAACCACCCUCUUACCGUGAUUAGCUCCCACAAUGACAGGGAAAGCCCCCCUGUGCCACAGCCUCUCAGACAGACACAUACACACCCGUUAUGUCAUCCCCUGCAGUAUGGGGACCAGCAGCAGCAUUCUCACAAAGGUCCGGAGGUGGAAGAGGUAAAGGACAGGCAGGAUCUCUCCCCUGUCCAGGUCAAAACACUGUUCUAUAAACAUAAAACCUGCUUCACUGAGCUCACUGAGGUGUCCUAAUGGACACAGAAUGGGCAUUAGACAGCUACAAAGGAUCCUUAUCACCUGGUCUUUGGUGUGAAAUUACUGCUGAUGUGUACAUUUUUUUUGAGUCAGCUCAGAGUAGAUUACUGGGCAGUCAGGCUCACAAUCUGAGGAUCAGAGUUUGGUUGUAUCCAGAUGGUCUAAUUCCACAUACUUGGAGGCAUUCUAUCGCCAGGGAUUGUAACCGUUGGUCCUAAAUGAGUACGAAACGAGGACCAACACAAAGGCAGGCAUACAAAGCCUACUGUACAUUCACCAUGCGGAAGAGAACAACUUCUUUUGGGGGCAUGAACAAUUCUAUUUCAAUUUGUAAACAAAAAUCAUUUUAGUUAUUUAUGGAAGAAACGUUAAUGUGACUCGAAUGGUUAAAUGUGAUUCUGUUUACGAUGUUUAUUCUCUUGCUCUGUGACGUGUCUGGUGCUUAAAUCGGGAUCCUCACAAUUGACUUUUGUUCUAUGAUAACUGGUGAGGUUUUAUUAAAUCACCUUUAUGAUGAGUAUUGUGUGUUUGGGGAUGGCAGGGAUGUUCCAGGUUCGUGAUGAGGGGACGGUACUACUGCAUUGAUUUAGAAUGUUUGUGCACCAUACAGAUGGACAUGAUAAGAGCAAUCUCUUAGAUGUUCAGGUUUAUGAUCUUGCAAAUGUAUGAAUGCUCAAAAAAUGAUCUGCGUGUUUUUAAAUGAUAAUGGUUUUAAACUAUUUUGAGGAAUAUCUAAACUACUGGGCACUUUCUCAACUUGUCUAACUGUCAGUAACACAAACCAAAACUGUUGAGCUGAUCGUUGAGAUUACACAGACAAUUAAAUGGACAAAAUAAUUCAUCAAUGACACAUACAGCUUACAUUUUUCACUGAAUAUACUCUCAAGAGUUACAUAGCUAUGGCAUUCUCUGCAUUUUCACAUUUUCAGAUGCAAUACAGGACGCAAUACCUCCUGUUUGAAAAUAAAUAUUUGUAUGUAA